CGACAACAAACGUACACAACCUGCCAGCACUUGUACUCUACAAAAUGGAACAAGGGGAUUACGGGACACCUCCCUUUGGCUUAAGGAAAUGAGAUAGUCUGAAUCAGGACAAUGUCUACAUCCCGCAGAGUACAACAUGACAAAAGGAGACUUGAUAACCUGAAGAAGGAGAGUGUUAAGUUGAACCGGGAUGUGGAGCAUUUACAGGAUGCAUUGCUGCUGCAUCAACGUUUCCAGGAAGAGGAAGACACAACUAUCAAGGGCAUGAUCAGAAAAGAGAUUGGAGGGUCUAUUUGGCAGCAUGGUGGAGCUGGAAAGUUAAGGACAUACAAGUCUACAAAGGACCUCUCGGAUCCCUAUGGAAUAGGUACUCCAAAGUCAAAGACUAAAGAAUCCAGUGGAACAAAGGUCACGAGGAUGGUCAGUAGUGAUGGGAAUGAAACAAAUGACUUCAAACAUAGUGGCUUACAUGGCAGUUCAAAACCUUCUAACAAGAACAGUUCAUACAAACAUGUAGGGAAUAACAAUGAAACCGUUUCUUAUCUCUCAGAUGGAAGUACCAGCAAAGACAUUGAUAAGUUUAAGGUGAAAGCAUUAGUUGGGAGAGAUGUGUCUCCUAGGAAUGAGAGUCCUGGGAAUACAACAGAAGAAAAUGAUCAGAGCAGAACAAUUGGAAAUUACGACUGGCAAAAAAUGGAAACGUUAAAAACAAAAGUGAUAAAGAAAGCCAGUGCUAAUGUUAUCACACGCAAGAGAUCUGCUGUAAAAUCCAAAGAUAAAAUUCCAGAGAACAAGAAAGCUCUCUCAGAAAAUUCUUUGUCAAAUACAUCAGGAAGAGUGAGAAGUGCUCCUGUGAGGGCUCGGCGAGAAAAUAGCAGGGAAAGAAAAAUUGAAAGUGUAAAAGUAGAAAAGGUACUGAAAGAAAAUAAAAAACAACAAACAAUACAUGAAACUCGAGUACCAAGAAAUUCCAUCGAAGUUGAAUCUAAUGAAAGUCAGAAAGAAUCUCAUAGAUUGUCUAGUCCCAGGUUUCCAAAGCAGACAAAUAGAAUUUUCGUAGAUGAUGCUGAUUCUGGAAGCAAGUCACCAUUGGAAACAAGUUAUCAGACUAUACCUCAUAACAAUGAUCAGCAAAACGUCUUUCAUUCGCCGAAUACAAGUCCAAAACAGGUGCCAAAAUGUGACCCAGAUGUGCACUUGUGGUUACGAAGGCUUGGAUUACUUGAAGAGGAGAAGUAUGUACAGAUUUUUGCCAAAAAUGAAAUAGACAUGGAAGAACUAUUACUGCUUUCUCCAGAACACUUAAACAGUCUUGGAGUGGUUGCAGUUGGAGCAUUUAACAAAAUUGUACGUGGGAUUCAGGAACUACAGCAAAAAUCCAGUCCAACUGGUGAAGUUUUGUCAUCAAAGUCCAAUAAAACAGGAUCACAUUGGGAAACAAGCACAACAGAUCACUGUCCCUCAGUGUCAGAGAAUGACUGGGACCCUAAUCAAGAUGAUCCACCGCAAAGAACUUCAUCAUCUUUAUGGCAAAACACACCUAUGCAAGUUCCAAAGCGGAUAGCUGAUGGAGCUAAAAUGUUAAACACAAGAAAUCCUAAUAGUCAAGAUCAUAUCUCGGAUAAGAUGAGUUCUCAUUCAUCUGAACCUAAUCAUUUUGACAAAAUGAUCCUUUUUGAACACGAUUUGCACAACGAAAAAUCCAAACCAGUGCAGGUGGAAGAAAGUAAAAAGGACACAAAAAAACUGGACAUUAAUGGAAAUACCAGAAUUUUAUCUCGAUGUAAUAGCUUCAGUUCCAGAACAUCAACAUCAAAACCACCGAUUAAACGUGAACAAGAGAGGACAAGUAGGAAAGAUACAGAAAAAAAAUCAGAUAAAACGAAAAGUGUUCAGAGUAAGUUGCAACCUCGACCAAGGUCAAGGUCACUCUCAAGGCGUGGGAGUGUGAGUAAAACUGAUGGGAAGACUAAUAUUGUCACUGAAAAGACAAAACAGAAGACACCUAAUCAACAAGAUGGGGUUUCUUCGGACACAGGUGGGCAACAAAAGAAACAUGCAGCUGUUAUUGCAGCAGCUCGGCGACUUGAAGACAGACAGAAAAUGGAGAAGGACUAUGAAGAAAAGGAACAGAAAUCAAGGGAACGACGAAAACAACAAAGAGAUGAAUUAGCUGCCAAGCACUUAUCUCGAGAAAGGAGCCGGAGAACAGAUGAAGAGGUUGUGGACACCAUGGCCAACAUACAGCAAUGGGCAUCCGAUGUCACCAAUCACACGUUGGCAGAUCUCCUGACAGUCAGUGUGCUUGACACUGGAAGCCAUACAGAUGAACCAGAGUCUAUGGGAGUUACCAAUCCCACUGUGUUGAAGGAGAAUGGAUCUGGGCCAUCAUACAGUAGACGUGCCCCUAAAGUGUCAAAUAGACAGAGCCUGGCUUUGCCUCUGAGUACCAGUGACAUCACCAAGAAUGACCCCAAUAAAUUUCUGGUUUCAUCUUCUCUGAGAAUUUCUUCUCGACCUCCAAAACACAACACUACAAAGCAGGGGUCAUCAAAUGCUGUACGGGACUUGGAACAGCAGAUCCAGUCCCUUCAGGAGAGGGCAAUGUCUGGAGAGCUUAUCACCAUGGACCUUGUUAGAGAUCUCCAAAACCGAUUGUUCCAGGUGGAAAAUCAAGUAACCAGUCACAAGUUUGAACAAAGUACAAAAUCUCUUGGAAAGAUCUCGUCUAAUGCUGUCACUAAUUCAACUGUAGGGAAAGAUCAUCUCAUAAGGUUGAAUUUGGAUGAUAAUUUGACAAGGUUAAAUCUUGAUUCUGAUGAAGGUUUCUAGGUUAAAACAAGAGGAAGACAAUAGCAUGU